UAUUUCAUAAACUUCUUUACAUCAUCAUAUAUCAUUCAUAUAUUUUUCUCUUUAGAAACAACAAUGUCUUACGUCCAGGCUUUUGAAGAAAUCGACAAAAACAAAGAUGGUAAAAUUUCAUGGGAUGAGUUCGCUCAAUGGAUCCGUGCUUUCUCUCCUUCGAUGACGUCUGAAGAAAUCGAUGAGAUGUUCACAGAGCUUGAUGUUGAUGGUGACCGUCAUAUAGAUAUUGUAGAAUUUGCCAAGUGCUAUGCGGUUAGCGAAAAAGAAGAAGACGACGAGGCUGUUCUGAAAGAAGCUUUUGAGCUGUUUGAUACGAAUGGUGAUGGUAAGAUUUCAGCGAGUGAAAUUCAUGUUGUGUUGAAACGUCUUGGAAAUAAUAAGUCAAUGGAGGAAUGUGCUCGCAUGGUUCGUGGCGUUGAUGCGGACGAAGAUGGUUAUGUUAGCUUUGAAGAGUUCAAGACUAUGAUGAGUUCUAACAACAAAGCGUUACUAUAAUUUUAUCCUAGAUUUUCUUUAGCUAUGCUUAUCUUUUCUGUUUAUUAAUUUGGGUUUUUAAGCAAUAACAUCGUCGUGGUCGUGCGUAUGAAUAAUUUUGUCUAGAUUUGAGUCAAUCUCUAAAAGGGUUCUCAAAUAUUUAAUCUUAUUUCAAAUAAAAUUAUAUUCCAGAUACUUCUAUAAA